UGGACAUCAUGUUAAUGGACAUCGCUUUCUAGCAACAAGGUGGCCUUCUAUUGUAUUCUCACUGCAUCCUAUGCAUACAUCAACUGGCAAGGGAUUGAUUACAUGUGCAUACUGGCCCAGGAUGCAUACACUUCACCCUAUCUCCAUGAAUUAAAUUUGCCGUCAGGGAUCGGGACGGGUCUGGAGACCUGGAGGGAGCCAUAGGUUCCAUGCGUAGAUGGGUGGAAUACCUAGGUACUCGAGUAAAUAUCCAAUUUCAAUUGACGCUUUUUUGACUCUAUAUACGUAGUAGAUGCCUACACGUCUUUCAUUCAACCCUGGCGACAAAUCCCUGGCCCAAACCAUCAUGAGCCAAUCGAUUGCCGCCCAGGCAGCUCAGCUCAGUCCUCCUUGCCGACUCAGCCUUAGCUACUAUACACCAAGGCAAACAGCUGAAAUAGGCAGGAUGCAGACCGCACAAAUCAUGGUUCCUUUCCACAUGACAGGAUGCUCUCGUACAGGCGUUUCGCCAACCAUGGGAACGUACCACUAACUCCCACCGUCCUCAAUCAAGAAUGGAAUAUCACAGGCACGGAGAGGGCUGAAUACAUUGAAGUCCUAGGGAGCCAGAGGCAUAAUGCGAGAGGUCAAGCUGGAAGCAUUAACGAGGUCGCGUCUUGUUGGUAUGGCGUACUUAACGGCGACGAGAUUCUGGACUGGGUUACCCAGCGUGGAAAAUACGCGCCGCCAAAGCCUCAAGCUCCAAACACCACAUCAAUAGCUGGGAUCAGACUUCUAAUCCUAGAACGCGACUACUACCAACCUCCAAGCUUUCGUAUCAAGCAAGAGACGUACCAAGCCAUCGAGAAGCACUUCUCUCUGCCUAAGGACGGACUCCUCGCGCUCGCCCACGAAAGUGGCAUGUCGUCCCAUGCUAUUGACGUCGACGAGAAGAGCGGAGAGCUGAGACGCCUAAGCAUGAUCAUCAAGGCGCACCAGAAAUUCCAGGUAGGCAACUACGGGCUCACCUUCUCGUACGAUUUCGCCACGAACAUGACCACAGGGAUCCUGCACGGCACGGGCGUGACUCAAGACGGCGACGACUACGGGCUCUGGAGCGCAUGCCCAGCCGCCGAGAUCUACGAACACAUGAAAGCUGCGCGUCGCCUAUGGACACAUCCGCUGUGUCUGCCAGCGAUCGUGAUGCAGCACCACCUGCUGCGGACGGAUUAUUUCGUAACAGUGACGCUGGGGAACCAGCACACGAAGGUGCAGCACCAGCUGGGCGUGGUCCGCGCUGGUCGUCUCGCGCUCGAGCAGCCGCGCAACAUCGCCGCGGAUAUGCCCGUGCAGCAGGCCAAGGUCAACCUCGCGGAGCUCACGGUGACCAUGAGCGGGCUGAUGUUCGACGUCGUCUGGUACUGCGGCGUGGCAGACUGCCAGUGCGCCUGUAUGAAGCUGCUCCUCGAGGUGCUAGUAGAAUUGGAGGGAAUGAGUGGCGCGCGUUCGCACGAGAUGGGGGCAAAGGUUCGGUACCUGGCUUCAUUGGCGGAAGGGAUAAAAAGGCAGACCAUUGGGAUGAAGGAGAACGGUCAAGCAGACAUGAGCGUCUUACACAGCAUCAUCUCGCAAGUCGACAACCGUCUCAACGCCCGUCUAGCCGCAGCCUCAAGCCAUGACAGCGCCGCUAUGAAGACGCUCGCCUUCCUGACUGCGCUGUUUCUCCCUGGGACUUUCGUAGCCACCAUCUUCAGCACGGAUUUCUUCGACUGGCAGCCUGAAAAUGAUGGCGGCAUGGUCGUAUCAGAGCUGUUCUGGGUGUUUUGGGCGUUCGCUGUACCCCUCACCGUCGUCGUUGCUGUGGGAUGGCGGCUGUGGUGGAGUUUUGAGAAGAAGCGGUUUGAUGAGGACAUUAAGGCCGAGAUCAAGGCCAUUGAUGGCAGUGGUAAUAGUCAUUGAGAAGAGUGUGAAGCAGUCAGUCCUAGAAGAUAAUUAAGAGGAUGGUAUUUAGCAGAAGCAAAGAAUAGACGAAAUGCGGUUGGGCGCUAGAAGAAAUGAUCCCUCAUAUAGUAGAAGAACACUCGCAAGAAGUUUCAUUCAUCAUGACAGUGCUAAUAGCGAUAAUUACUCAGGCCCCUACAUCGUUACACUCCCGUUAAGAGCUCUGGUAGUAGUUUAAUACUCCCAUCUUCCACUGAACGAGUUAUCCCCUGUUGUUAAGCCCAUACGGGAAACUUACUUUCUAUGAUCUUAUGUUAGUUAUUGAACACAGUAGAAGCAGCAGCACAAAGUUACU